UACAAUGUGCUGCCAGAGAGCCAACAGGCAGUGUACAGAGAAACAGCAAGAGAGGGAGGGAGAGAAGGGGAAAGUGUGAGUGGAUUUCAGCGCUGACUUAGAAAAGCCUUCAUCUGACGCGCUCUAGUCAUUUCCUCCGCUCUCACACAGACCUUCAUUUCUCUCUUUUUGUGCCUUUCUCUAUUUCUCUCUGCCGCUCCAGGCCAGAGCUGACUGCGAACGUGAUCCAGGAGGCCCACGCUGCAGCCUGGUUCCAGGAUCCACCAGCCCACACCAUCAGGAUGGGCUGUACAACGGGCCACCUGGCUUGCCAACCCCAGAGCAACACGGGGCAGGAGAGUCAGUCCCUGGAGGCCGGCGGCGCCAAAGUCCCCGACGUGCUCUCCUCUCUGGAGCGUCUGUCCCAGGCCACCGGAGGCAUGGAGAAGUCCUGGUACCGCUGCAUCUUUCCCUUCGGAAUCAUCUCUUUGGUGAUCGGCGCGGCAGGAACCGGGGUGACCUACACCUACAACGACCUGCCCCAGACUAAAGUGGUGUCGGUGGUGCUGCUCGUCAUGGGACUCUUGCUGUUGCUGAUGGCCACCGCCUGUUGGACUGCCCACAAGAAGAAGAGAAGGAAAAAGAAAGAGGGAGGCUCUUUCACCUCUGAGCAGUGUCCCCUGUGAAGCACACGGGGAAAAACAGUGGUAGGAACUUGAAAGUAGAGACAUACCCAAGGGCCGGGAGCUCAAGGGUUGGCUAAAGAAGCCGCCACUUCACCUCCGCCCAGCGCCAAAUCCCCCUCUAUUCUUUAUCACAGAGUUUGGCUCAGCUCAUACCGGAGAGCUGGGAAAUCAUAGAGAGUGGAAGGACAGAUAGGCGGGACACUGAGUAUCUGUUUAGUCUGUAAAGUUUGGACCAUUUUGGAUUGGCAAGGGAGGGAUCACCAAUGCCUCUUUUAUCAUCAGACAGCAGGUGUCCAGUGUCAAAACAACCUCAGAGGAGACACAUGCAAAUAUGCAUUGCACACUACAUGCAUAUUUACACGCACGGACACACGGCCCUCGCGGUCCUCACUCCCAUAUGCACUGGCAGUCUCACUGGGAGCUCGCUUGCACAGACACCCAACACGCUAUGCAGAGCUGCUGCCGGAGUCAACGCUGGCGUCACUAGGCACGUCAGUCACAGCAUUCCUCUUGCCAGAAGUGGCCAAAGACGGCAACCCGAUACCCAGCCAGAAAGAGCAGCGCACCCGCGUCAGCGGCCGGCGUCAUUCACUCGUCCUGUGACACCGCAGCAAUGUGUUGGGGGCUUUUUUUACGCAAUGGGAGAGUGGAACUUGAGUCCAGCAGGAUCUUGCUGGCAUCUGUGUGGACGAUGAGCUGGAGAGGGCAGAGGACCUGCUGGGGAAGUGUGGGCUCAAAUAAAGAUUCUGGUGAACUGAAAGACUUCACUACUAAGGAACAAAAAGAUUUGCACAUUAUAGCCAUGAUGUCCACGCCAAGCAGGAGAAACUUCUAGUAAAGCAACAUGCUCUUAAAGGCCUUUUGUAGCUUCAGCUUCACAUUACAAAGGAGUGACUUUCUGACUGACUUAUUGCCCUCCUGUCAAUGUGCGGGCAUUUACGCCCAGCCUUGUGUCUUCGUGGGGCACCUCGACCCCACACGGGGCAGGCCAGGAUUAUUGAAGGACACUGCCCGAGGGGACAUGCCACUGCAGGGACACUUUGACUGAUCCUGCUCCCCUAGGGCCCCUCCCUCUUUAGUGCCUUGAGCAAGCACUCAUGGAAAAAGGCUCUGUCGCAUUCCCCCGUUUCCAUCUGAACCCCUGAGAGUUUCCCCCCUUGUUCUCCUCUCUCUCUCUCUCUCUCUCCCAUCCAUCCCAUAUGCCUUCCUCCAUCCUCCAUCCCUAGUUUAUGACUUGAUCCCACUCAUUCAACCUUUUUGACAUUCAAAUCAGACACACACACAAAUGUAAGCCCCAUAGUCCACAGACAUCUGUCUUUAUCGCUCCGUGCCAAAGAAAGUGGAUUAUUUUCUCUCUCAGAGAGUGGAAAAGACUAUUGACUGAGAGUGAGUGACAAAUCCCUUUGUCAGUCUGAAAAUACGGUACAAGGCUGCUCUCUAGUGAAUACUGAUUAAUGUUUGUGCUCUAAGUGACUCUUGGGUUUCCCUUUCAUGUACUUUUCCUUUUAGAAAAGAAAGAGUGAAUGUAGCUGCUCCACAUCUGCGAAGAGGUGCUUUCUUGUUGGUGUGUGGUCUCACGGGAUGAGACGAACAAUGGCAUUUUUAUUCAUGUCUUAAAUAUUCUGUCCCUGAAUGUAACCCGGGGGUGGAAAAUACAAAUCACGGAAGUAGAAAGUGCAACACAGAGAAUGCAUGUAAAUUGAAAAGGAGCCCGUUUUGUCUCCAUGUGAAGGACUGUAAAGCACUCCUUCACCCUUGAGAACUAUCAUUGAUCAUCGAUUCUGGCUGCCCGAUUAGUGUCGCCUGUUGCUGAGUGAAAUGUGUCUAUGCAUCCAGAGGUAGCAGUUAACACACAAUGCCAAAGACCGACCGUCCUGGAGGCCAUCUGCUUCAAACAUGCAAUCGAUCAGCCCUUUCUCUCUCAUUAUUUUUGCGGCUCAGUGUGCAUUUAGAUGUUCUGUUGCAUACUGAUUGUCAGCCAAACAAAACAAAGAGAAGGAAUUGGGAAGAAGGGGGUUGAAUAAGGAGGUAGUGAAGGAAGACAAAAGCAGGCAGCCUGGGAAGUCAUUCCUUUCACUUUUAAGUGGGAGUGGGAGAGCUAACUCUGAGGUUAGAUGGGAUCAGCCAUCCUGAACAGAGCAGUAUUAUUCUAAGAGGAUAUUACUGGCAUAAGCAGUGAAAACGCCAAGUUAACCAGAGUGUAGUAAGUCUACUCUGAACCUAAUAGGACUAACAGUCUGUAUUCAGCUGCAUACUGUAUGGCCAAGUCAAAGGAAAUGCCCAUAAAGUGUAUUUAUGAGUAUGUUCUUUUUUAGCUCAGCGCAAUGUAUUGUAGUACACGGUGGUUGCAUACUUGUACUUGCUAUCGUGACAGUGUGUUGACACUAAAAAAAUUGAUGACAGGUGACCAGAAUUUGUUUGUUAUAGAGACGUGAAGUGAUUUCCCUUCUGCCUUCUGGGAAAAUCUACCUCUCUCUGCUGCGGGGGAAACACGUCCCUCACCCAGUAGACAGCACUCGCUGUCUGCCAAUGCUGUUUGUCGCUCCAGCGAGCGACAUGAAAUGUGUUUGUUUUUGUUUAGUGCCCUCUAAUAUUUGGUGCUGUAUAUACACGACAAUUUUAUAUUUCUACUGUAUAUUUCUACUACUUAUAUGUGCAUUUUAAUUGUUGUAUUAAAAUAAAUGUUAUGUGAACACG